CCGGCUGAACCGGUGACCCAGGCGUUGAAAAACACGGAUUGGGUUUCCUCUUCAUGUAGCCUGUUGUGGUCUUGGGUUUUCUUCUUUCACAGCUCAAUCUAUUACUAGGUCAGUGUUGAGUGUUGGAUCAAUCUCAUCAUCUUUAUCACUGGAUCUCUCCUUUGGGUUCAUCAACACGGUACAUCAUCUUCUUUAACAUCAACCAGGGAUUCACUCCAAAAAUGCUACCUCUGCGUCCACAAUCUCAGGUUGGAGGAUUACAGACAUCCCUGUCUCUUGUUUCGUCGGAUCCUCGUCUUUCUCCUGAUGAACCUAGAUCAAACUCCGACAAUCUCCAUGAAUCUCCGGCUGAAAGUGCAAGUUCUCAAGAAACUUGGCCUACAGCUGAUGCAGCUGCAGUAAAGAAGAUGGAGAAUGGAAAAGCGGAGAUUAAUUGCCUUGAUCAGAAAGUUAUCCACCGGGUUUCUAGUGCAGACAAAGUUACUCUACAGGACAUUGCAAGAGAGAACCUCGGUAUGAUUUGUGAAAAAAUGCAUCGUCUACCUGAGGAAUAUCUUGAAGAGCUGAAGAAUGGACUUAGAGUUAUCCUUGAGGGAGGGAAUGGUUCGCAGCAUAGAGAUGAGUUUUUCAUUUUGCAGAAGCUUGUUCAGAGUAGAACUGAUUUAACAGCCAAGACACUUGUCAGAGCACAUCGAGUGCAGCUCGAAAUCCUUGUUGCGAUAAAUACCGGAAUUCAGGGAUUUUUGCAUCCUAGCAUCAGUCUGUCACAGACUUCCCUGAUUGAGAUCUUUGGCUAUAAGAGAUGCAGAAACAUAGCGUGCCAAAACCAGCUUCCGGCGGAAGAUUGCACCUGUGAAAUAUGCACCAACUCUAACGGUUUCUGCAAUCUUUGCAUGUGUGUGAUCUGCAACAAGUUUGACUUUGAGGUGAAUACAUGUCGCUGGAUUGGAUGUGAUUUGUGUUCUCAUUGGACUCACACAGAUUGUGCCAUUCGUGAGCAACUUAUUUGCAUGGGCCCUUCUUUGAAGAGCGGAGCAGGACCAAGUGAGAUGGUUUUCAGGUGUCAAGCAUGCAAUAGGACUUCAGAACUGUUGGGAUGGGUUAAAGAUGUCUUCCAGCACUGUGCACCGUCAUGGGAAGGAGAGGCCUUACUGAGGGAACUUGAUUACGUUAGUAGGAUCUUUCAUGGGAGUAAAGAUCCCCGAGGAAGGAAGCUAUUUUGGAAGUGUGAUGAUCUCAAGGAAAAGUUGAAAACUAAAAAAUUGGAUUCAAAGGCUGCUUGCAGGGCAAUAUUGAUGUUUUUCCAAGAGCUUGAGGUGGACUCUGCAAAAGGCCUGGAAAAUGGAGAAAGUGGAAGGUUGAUUGCUCCGCAAGAUGCAUGCAAUAGAAUUGCAGAAGUGGUGCAGGAGGCUAUAAGAAAGAUGGAAAUGGUAGCUGAUGAAAAGAUGAGGAUGUUCAAGAAGGCUCGCUUGUCUCUUGAAGCUUGCGAUCGUGAACUAGCUGACAAGGCCAGGGAAGUGGCAGAACUCAAGAUGGAGAGACAGAAAAAGAAGCUGCAGAUAGAAGAGCUGGAGAAAAUUGUGAGGCUCAAAAAUGCAGAGGCUGAUAUGUUCCAAUUGAAGGCUAAUGAGGCUAAACGAGAGGCUGAGAGGCUUCAGAGGAUUGCUCUUGCCAAACAAGAUAAAUCAGAAGAAGAAUUUACCAGCAACUACUUGAAACAACGAUUAAACGAAGCCGAGGCGGAGAAGCAGUAUCUUUAUGAGAAGAUCAAAUUGCAGGAGAGUUCUCGAGCUUCACAGAGCAGUAGUGGCGGUGACCCCUCUCAAAUGCUCAUGUAUUCCAAAAUCCAUGAUCUGCUGUACAGUGUUCCUUCCAAAGCUGACAGUCAGGGUAAUGAGCGCCACCCUUUUCGGACAAAUCCAUGAGAGUCCGUUGUGUUUGUGAUGCCAAUCAUUUUCCAUGUUAUGGCUAAGUAAGUCCCUUUGACUAAUUUAGGAUGAGCUUCUUUUAUGGCAAUGAAUGUAGCCAUCAUCUUCAUUAGUUUUAUUUCCUCUUUUUUACAAGGAGAUAUUGGUAAAGGCUUAAAUAUGUUUGAAACUAGGUUUGUUCUAGGCAUUGUUAAUAUGCUUUUUGUAAGGAAUUGUUGACUGUUGCAUAUUUUGUGGCUACCGGUAAAGUUGACUAAGAUGUUUGACAAUGUGAGUGUGAUUGCUUAUAUAAUCUUUAAUAUUUGAGUCA